AACAGAGAAAAAUAUCCAGGAAAUUGUAUUAAUAGAAUUUCCCCUGCUCCUACCACCGAAGAGUGAAGACUGUUAGCUCCUUUCCCCAGCUUCCCUGACAGCCUCCAAGCAGAGCAGAUAAUGAAGUGUUUCUAACAGGCGAUAGCAAAUCACUGAAGAAACUGCUAAACCUUGGCCAUGGCCGUUUCCUCCUUUCCAACCUUUGUGGCAUUUUUGGCCCAGAUUACCCUACAAGUUGGUGCCUUGGACACUUUCAUAGCUGCGGUGUACGAACAUGCCGUCAUAUUGCCAAAUAAAACGGAAAUACCUCUUUCUCAGGAUGACGCAUUGAUUCUCAUGAACAAGAAUAUAGAUAUUCUGGAAAAUGCAAUUAGUCAGGCAGCAAAACAGGAUGCUCAAAUCAUUGUGACUCCAGAAGAUGCACUUUAUGGAUGGAAAUUUACCAGGGAAACUAUUUUCCCUUAUCUGGAGGAUAUCCCAGACCCACGGGUGAACUGGAUUCCCUGUCAAGACCCCCGCAGAUUUGGUCACACACCAAUGCAAACAAGACUCAGCUGCUUAGCCAAGAACAACUCUAUCUAUGUCGUGGCAAAUAUUGGGGACAAAAAGCCAUGUAAUUACCGUGACUCAGCAUGUCCUCCUAAUGGCUAUUAUCAAUACAAUACCAAUGUGGUGUAUGAUGCAGAAGGAAAACUGGUGGCACGCUACCAUAAGUACCACCUCUACUCUGAGCCUCAGUUUGAUGUCCCUGAGAAGCCGGAGUUGGUGACUUUCAACACCACAUUUGGAAAGUUUGGCAUUUUCACAUGUUUUGACAUACUCUUCCAUGAACCUUCUGUUACCCUGGUGAAAGACCUCCAUGUGGACAGCAUCGUGUUCCCCACAGCAUGGAUGAAUGUUUUGCCCCUUUUGACAGCUAUUGAAUUCCAUUCAGCUUGGGCAGUGGGAAUGGGGGUUAAUGUUCUUGCAGCCAACAUACAUCAUGUCAGCCUAAAUAUGACAGGGAGUGGUAUCUACGCACCAGAUUCUCCCAAAGUGUACCAUUACGACAUGGAAACAGAACUAGGGAAGUUGCUCAUUUCGAAGUUGGAUGCACACCCCCGAAUCUCUCCUGCCUACCCAGCGGCGGUGAAUUGGAGCGUUUACGCUGUGACCAUCAAGCCCUUUCCAGUACAGAAAAACACUUUUGGGGGAUUUAUUUCUCGGGAUGCAUUCAACUUCACAGAACUUUUUGAAAAUACAGGAAAUCUUACAGUCUGUCAAAAAGACCUCUGCUGCCACUUCAGCUACAGAAUGUUAGGGGAGAAAAAGGAUGAAGUUUAUGUUCUAGGAGCUUUUUCAGGAUUACAUGGCCGAAGGAGAAGAGAAUACUGGCAGGUAUGCACAGUGCUUAAGUGCAAAACUACUAAUUUGACAACUUGUGGUAAGCCAGUAGAAACUGCAUCUACAAGAUUUGAAACGUUCUCCCUCAGUGGCACAUUUGGAACAGAGUAUGUUUUUCCUGAAGUGCUAGUUACUAAAAUUCAUCUGUCACCUGGAAAAUUUGAGGUGCUAACGGAUGGGCGUUUGGUAAACAAGAACGGAUCAUCUGAGCCUAUCUUAACACUGGCAUUGUUUGGGAGGUGGUUCACAAAGGACGCAGUUCCCAACUCAUGUGGGACCAGCAAUUUAGCAAUGACUUGUCUGCUAAUACCAAUAUUCUUAAUGUUCAUAGCUUUGUAAAAAUGUUGUAAUGCAAUAGGACAUCCCUUUAUCACAUCAAUUUUUGAAUCAUAUAUUUUGCUAAAUGUGUCUAUGGGUUACCAUGUUUACGAAGAUAAAUGGAAGGGCUAUCUCAGUAGUAGAGACCAAUGAUUCUUAAAUAUUUUAU